AUGGCUCCCGCCUGCCAGAUCCUCCACUGGGCCCUCGCCCUGGGGCUGGGCCUCGCAUUCGAGGUCACACACGCCUUCCGGUCUCAAGAUGAGUUCCUGUCCAGUCUAGACAGCUAUGAGAUCGCCUUCCCCACCCGAGUGGACCACAACGGGGCACUGCUGGCCUUCUCGCCCCCGGCUCCCCGGAGGCAGCGUCGGGGCACGGGACCUCAAGCAGAGUCCCGUCUCUUCUACAAGGUGGCCGCACCCAGCACCCACUUCCUGCUAAACCUGACCCACAGCCCUCGCCUCCUGGCGGGGCACGUGUCCGUGGAGUACUGGACUCGAGAAGGCCUGGCCUGGCAGAGGGCCGCCCGGCCCCACUGCCUCUACGCGGGCCACCUGCAGGGCCAGGCCAGCAGCUCCCACGUGGCCAUCAGCACCUGCGGGGGCCUGCACGGCCUGAUUGUGGCAGAUGAAGAAGAAUACUUAAUCGAGCCCCUGCAAGGGGGGCCCAAGGGGCACCGGGGACCGGAGGAGAGUGGCCCCCACGUGGUGUAUAAGCGUUCCUCUCUGCGUCACCCUCACCUGGACACAGCCUGUGGAGUGAGAGAUGAGAAACCGUGGAAGGGGCGGCCAUGGUGGCUGCGCACCCUGAAACCGCCACCUGCCCGGCCCCUCGGCAAUGAAACAGAGCGUGGCCAACCAGGCCUGAAGCGCUCCGUCAGCCGAGAGCGCUACGUGGAGACCCUAGUGGUGGCUGACAAGAUGAUGGUGGCCUACCACGGGCGCCGGGAUGUGGAACAGUACGUGCUGGCCAUCAUGAACAUUGUUGCCAAACUUUUCCAGGACUCGAGUCUGGGAAACAUCGUUAAUAUCCUGGUAACACGCCUCAUCCUGCUCACGGAGGACCAGCCCACCCUGGAGAUUACCCACCACGCCGGCAAGUCCCUGGACAGCUUUUGUAAGUGGCAGAAGUCCAUCGUGAACCGCAGCGGCCAUGGCAAUGCCAUCCCGGAGAAUGGCGUGGCCAACCAUGACACGGCAGUGCUCAUCACGCGCUAUGACAUCUGCAUCUACAAGAACAAACCCUGCGGCACACUAGGCCUGGCCCCUGUGGGCGGGAUGUGCGAGCGAGAGAGAAGCUGUAGCAUUAACGAGGAUAUCGGCCUGGCCACGGCGUUCACCAUCGCCCACGAGAUCGGACACACGUUUGGCAUGAACCAUGACGGCGUGGGCAACAGCUGCGGGGCCCGUGGCCAGGACCCAGCGAAGCUCAUGGCGGCUCACAUCACCAUGAAGACCAACCCGUUUGUGUGGUCCUCCUGUAGCCGCGACUACAUCACCAGCUUUCUGGACUCAGGCCUGGGGCUCUGCCUGAACAACCGGCCCCCCAGACAGGACUUCGUGUACCCAACCGUGGCCCCUGGCCAGGCCUACGACGCGGAUGAGCAGUGCCGCUUCCAGCAUGGAGUCAAAUCGCGUCAGUGUAAAUACGGGGAGGUCUGCAGCGAGUUGUGGUGUCUGAGCAAGAGCAACCGGUGCAUCACCAACAGCAUCCCGGCCGCCGAGGGCACGUUGUGCCAAACACACACCAUCGACAAGGGGUGGUGCUACAAGCGGGUCUGCGUCCCCUUUGGGUCGCGGCCGGAAGGCGUGGACGGCGCCUGGGGCCCAUGGACCCCGUGGGGCGACUGCAGCCGGACGUGCGGCGGCGGCGUGUCCUCCUCCAGCCGACACUGCGACAGCCCCAGGCCGACCAUCGGGGGCAAGUACUGCCUGGGCGAGAGACGGAGGCACCGCUCCUGCAACACCGAGGACUGUCCCCCAGGCUCCCAGGACUUCAGGGAAAUGCAGUGCUCUGAAUUUGACAGCGUCCCCUUUCGUGGAAAAUUCUACACAUGGAAGACAUACCGGGGAGGGGGCGUGAAGGCCUGCUCGCUCACCUGCCUAGCAGAGGGCUUCAACUUCUACACCGAGAGGGCCGCGGCCGUGGUGGACGGGACGCCCUGCCGCCCGGACACAGUGGACAUCUGUGUCAGCGGCGAGUGCAAGCACGUGGGCUGCGACCGCGUCCUGGGCUCCGACCUGCGGGAGGACAAGUGCCGCGUGUGCGGAGGUGACGGGAGUGCCUGCGAGACCAUCGAGGGGGUCUUCAGCCCAGCCUUGCUUGGGACUGGGUACGAGGAAGUCGUCUGGAUCCCCAAAGGCUCCGUCCACAUUUUCAUCCAGGACUUGAACCUCUCCCUCAGUCACCUGGCCCUGAAGGGAGACCAGGAGUCCCUGCUGCUGGAGGGGCUACCUGGGACCCCCCAGCCCCACCGCCUGCCCCUGGCUGGAACCACCUUUCAGCUCCGACAAGGGCCGGAUCAGACCCAGAGCCUAGAAGCCCUGGGACCCAUUAACGCAUCUCUCAUCGUCAUGGUACUGACCCGAACUGAACUGCCCGCCCUCCGCUACCGCUUCAAUGCACCCAUCGCCCGUGAUGCACUGCCUCCCUACUCCUGGCACUACGCGCCCUGGACCAAGUGUUCAGCCCAGUGUGCAGGCGGCAGCCAGGUGCAGGCCGUAGAGUGCCGAAAUCAGCUGGACAGCUCCGCCGUGGCCCCCCACCACUGCAGCGCCCACAGCAAGCUGCCCAAGAGGCAGCGUGCCUGCAACACGGAGCCCUGCCCACCUGACUGGGUGGUAGGGAACUGGUCUCGCUGCAGCCGCAGUUGUGAUGCAGGCGUGCGCAGCCGCUCUGUCGUGUGCCAGCGCCGCGUGUCGGCGGCCGAGGAGAAGGCGCUGGACGACAGCGCUUGCCCGCAGCCGCGCCCUCCAGUACUGGAAGCCUGCCACGGCCCCGCCUGCCCUCCGGAGUGGGCCGCCCUCGACUGGUCGGAGUGCACCCCCAGCUGCGGGCCGGGCCUCCGCCACCGCGUGGUCCUCUGUAAGAGCGCAGAUCACCGCGCCACGCUGCCCCCCGCGCAUUGCCAGCCCGCGGCCAAGCCACCAGCCACCAUGCGCUGCAACCUGCGCCGCUGCCCUCCGGCCCGCUGGGUGGCGGGGGAGUGGGGCGAGUGCUCCGCGCAGUGCGGCUUCGGGCAGCAGCAGCGCCCCGUGCGCUGUUCCAGCCACACCGGGCAGCCGUCGCGCGAGUGCGCCGAGGCCCUGCGGCCACCCGCCACGCAGCAGUGCGAGGCCAAGUGUGACAGCGCGCCCCCGGGGGACGGCUUGGAAGAGUGCAAGGAUGUGAACAAGGUCGCCUACUGCCCCCUGGUGCUGAAAUUUCAGUUCUGCAGCAGAGCCUACUUCCGCCAGAUGUGCUGCAAAACCUGCCAGGGUCGCUAG